AUGUACAUCAGCCUUGACGCUAAAACCGAACCCCAUCCCGAUUCAGUACCGGCAAACCCCAGGCCGCCCGCAGCUCUGCCUGCCGCCAAAUCGGACGACGACAACACCAGCACUCGUCCGCCGUGGAAGUACCGUCCCGAUGAAGUCAACCACAUGUGGGACGUCGAAGAACUCUCUAAAGACUUGGGAGAGUUUAUGCUGCUCAAAUACGGGCCUGCGAAACGGGAUGAGGAAGGGAAUGAUGUGUCGGGAUGGUUUUACCCUCCUGAACAUGGGUGGAUCAGGUGGGUUGGGGACAAGUUGAAUUCCGAGCCCAUGUUGUGUGGUGGGGGUGAAAAGAAGAUUCAUGUGUACGGAUUUCGCUUUGAGAAUCGUGUUUUGAGCCGGGAAGCAUUCAUCAAAGCAUACAUGUGCUGCCUGCAGAUGCAAGUAUUUCUGGAAGAUAUCAACGAUGCAGUAGAGUGUGACGACGUCGAGCUGAAAGCAGAGGAAGAGCAAGAGUUUGAACCCAGCCGAGACUUUCUCGCGGUCUGCAACAUGUUCCACCAGUUACACUGCAGUCUGGGAGACUGGGAGGAGGCGGGCUCACUCCCCUCCCAAUGGACCAAACCCGCCCCCGGUCUGCGUAUCAAAUAUCGCCGCGAUCUCGAAAAACUCGUGGACUUUGACUCGCCAAAAUGGCAAUCAUUCUGGGACGACAACGACCCCUUUUCUUACCCCGCCCCAGAAAAGAUCCGGCCGACCUUCAUGUUUGCCGUAGAACAGUGUUUGGGGAUGAUGCAAGAGGGGUUCAGUGUGAGGCUUUGGCGUCUGGGGCUGUACUACCCUCGCAACGAGCUUCUUCUCAAAGUGGAGAAGCGAUCUGGAGAGGAGCGGCUAGUACUGGACGCGAAGAAGGAGCUCAAGGUACAAAAAGCAGAAGGUGAGCGAGAGUCGGUGAGGGCUUGGCUAGCGAGCAGAGAGUAUCUCUGGAUCAAGGUUGAGAGAUUCUUUACGGUUAUUUCAUGCGCUGUCUUCUUGACUAUAGUACUGUGA